AUGGGCCUGCGCGUGGCCGCCACCGCGCCAGCUGCGGCCGGCGUGCGCGUGCUCGGCGGCGGCGCUGCGAGCGUGACGCAGCGACCGUGGGUGGCGCUCGGAGGCAGGAGACGCCUCUCCGUGCGGAUGUCCGUCGCGACCACCGAGACCACCACCUCCGCCACCGCCGCCGUGGGCGCCUCGGAGGACCAGGCGCUGGAGGCUAGGAACUCCAAGACGGUGGUGGCGAUCAUCCUCGGCGGUGGCGCCGGGACCAGGCUCUUCCCGCUGACCAAGCGCAGGGCCAAGCCCGCGGUGCCAAUUGGAGGCGCGUACAGGCUGAUCGACGUGCCGAUGAGCAACUGCAUAAACAGUGGGAUCAACAAGGUGUACAUCCUCACGCAGUUCAACUCGCAAUCCCUCAACCGCCACCUCUCCAGGGCCUACGAUUGCACCAAUGGCGUGGCCUUCGGAGACGGAUUCGUCGAGGUUCUAGCAGCAACCCAGACGCCUGGAUCGGAGGGAAAGAGGUGGUUUCAGGGUACUGCUGAUGCAGUUCGGCAGUUCGACUGGCUUUUCGAUGAUGCAAAAUCUAAAGACAUUGAAGAUGUGUUGAUUCUUUCUGGUGACCAUCUCUACCGUAUGGACUACAUGGACUUUGUUCAGAGUCAUCGGCAAAGAGGUGCAGGCAUCAGUAUCUGUUGUUUGCCAAUUGAUGGCAGCCGGGCAUCUGAUUUUGGCCUAAUGAAGAUAGACGACACUAGAAGAGUUAUUUCAUUCAGUGAGAAAUCAAAAGGAGACGAAUUAAAGGCAAUGCAAGUUGACACCACAGUGCUAGGCUUAUCAAAGGAGGAAGCAGAAAACAAACCUUACAUAGCUUCAAUGGGGGUCUAUAUUUUUAAGAAAGACAUACUCCUAAACCUUUUAAGAUGGCGUUUUCCCACUGCAAAUGAUUUUGGUUCUGAAAUAAUUCCUGCUGCAGCAAAAGAAAUCAAUGUAAAGGCUUAUCUUUUCAAUGAUUACUGGGAAGAUAUUGGAACUAUUAAGUCCUUCUUUGAGGCAAACCUUGCUCUUGCUGAACAGCCUCCAAGGUUCAGUUUCUACGACGAUGACAAACCAAUGUACACAUCACGGAGAAACCUACCACCAUCUAUGGUCAACAAUAGUAAGAUCACUGAUUCAAUCAUUUCCCACGGAUGUUUCUUGGAUAACUGCAGGAUAGAACAUAGUGUUGUUGGAGUUCGUUCUCGGAUAGGCUCCAAUGUGCACCUCAAGGAUACUGUAAUGCUUGGUGCUGAUUAUUAUGAAACUGAUGCGGAAAGAGGAGAACUGCUUGCAGAAGGAAAUGUUCCUAUUGGGAUCGGAGAGAAUACAACGAUUCAAAAGUGUAUCAUAGACAAGAAUGCGAGGAUAGGAAAGAAUGUGAUAAUCUCCAAUUCUGAAGGUGUAGAGGAAGCUGAUAGAACCUCCGAAGGCUUCUACAUCCGAACCGGCGUCACUGUCGUACUGAAGAACUCGAUAAUUGCUGAUGGAUUGGUCAUAUGA